AUGGAUAAAGCAUCCUCUGACUGUCCAUAUCCAAGAUGCUUCUUUUGUGUCAUGAAGGAAGUAAACCCGAGCAAGCGUAGAGCAAGCAUACUAAAGUUCUUCAGAGAAUUUCCUUCACAGGAUGAUGAUGGUCAGGUUCUUCCUAUUAGUGGCCUUUGGAAUACUGCUAUGGCACAUCCUAAUGAUCCCGAGUUUAUCGAAUUAGGAAUAUUUGAAUGCAUGGUGGCACUCAUCUGGAAGGGAUUAAAGAACCGACGUUGGCUAUCACAAGACCAAAAUAUAUAUAUCCCUUACUAUGCAGCGCAUAUAAUUGGAUCUUAUACUAUGAAUAUGGAAGAAUUUGCAGAAACAGCGGUGAAUGCCGGGGUUAUCCCGGCCUUGGUCGAACUUUUAAGAGGAAGGUUAACUUGGGUCGAACAGAGAGUGGCCGUACGAGCAUUAGGACACUUGGCAACGUACGCCAGCACUUUUCCAGCUGUUGCAAGUAUUGGUGAGAUUUUAGUGCUCUCGAUGCAGCUGGCAACGAGUUCACUCGAAAUUGUUUACACACGCUUUUACCAAUAUGUCGACCAGAGGCUGAGUUAUCAUUGUGAUCUUCUUACGCGUGGAAUGGGUGGCAUUGAAAUGGAGUCACGGAAGGCGGAAGAAUGGGCCAGUCAGCUGCAGUGCUGGUCCCUUCAACUCAUAAAUUGCUUCGCUUUCAAAUCUGAAUUUCUUCCCACUAUUUGCAAACCGGACUUCUUAGAAAAACUUCCAGGUAUGUGGGGGGGACUUGUUAAUGAAAACUCACCAGCUGGUAUUGGGCUGUUACGGACGAUUUGCUCUCAUAAGCAUGGUAGGGGACCGGCCGCUAGCUGUCCUGUCAUUUUAGACGCAUUGUGUAACAUAGCACGAUCAUCAGAUGACUGGCAAUAUAUGGCUAUUGACUGUCUUCUAUGGUUGCUCCAAGAUCCAAGUACUUGUCAUAAGGUGAUUGAUAAAGCCAUACCUGCACUAGUCGACCUUGCAGAAAUUUCUACACUAGGGGAUCACAAGAAACUUGGUGAUUCAAUUGUUAACGUUCUUCAGGAAUGUAUUCAAUCACAAGGAACAGGCCGCAACUCAAUCAGUAUCCGUGCAAAAGGGGAGGUCGAGGAACUUCUAACCUCUCGACAAAGAUUUAAAUGGGAAAAGAAUAUGCUGAAGGAGGAUCUUCAUAUCAAACAGGCAGCUGCUUUAGUGGUCAAACUCGAAGGAAAUUCCUUGUUCUCUUCUGGGGAUAUUUCUGGUGCUGCGUCGAAGUACUCAGAAGCAUUGUCUUUGUGCCCAAUGAGGUCAAAGAAAGAAAGAGUCGUGCUUUAUAGUAAUCGAGCUCAGUGUCAUCUUUUGCUGCAAAAGCCCUGGGGUGCUAUAAGUGAUGCUACACGUGCACUCUGUAUUCAUAACCCGGUUAAUCGCCACGCGAAAAGCCUUUGGAGACGAGCUCAAGCCUAUGACAUGCUUGGAUUAGCUAAGGAGAGUUUGUUAGACGCUAUACUGUUCAUAAACGAAUGUUCCCAGUCAACAGAUCCAGAUCUGUCCUCAAAGCAAAGUAAGGUUCCUGAUUAUGCGGAGCGUUUGGUUAAGAAACAGAUGCGUGCGGCUUGGUUAUUUAAAGAGGUUGCCACUAAACUCGGGGAUGUACACUGUGAAGGGGAUGCUGGAGAUAAUUGUGGCCAAGAUACUGAUGACUCUGAGUGGGAAACAGCAAGUGAAAGUGAUGUUGGAAAUGAUGGAAGGGAUGGAUUGGAUGACGAUGAUUCUGAAUGA